GACUUGGUAUGGCGACGCCGUUGGGGAUGUCAAUGUAGGGCAGUAUCAGGAAUGGUUGUACCUGCAGAGACUCCUCCUUGUAGGGAGGGAACUGGGGGACCGAGAGUACGGGGCCGAUGUUGUGCUCCCACAGAUUAUUGCUCUGCCCUCCUCAACUUAUGUCCCUUUCCUGGGCGCCGGGAGCGCAUUUUGGAAUAUAAACACAAACCUCCUCGCCCCACCUCGCAUCUCUCUCACUCUCUCCAUCUCGCCCGCUCACUCAAUUUGGACCGAGUCGUUUCCUUCUUCCGUCAAGCAUCCCCUUUUGUUUUCUCCUUCCUUUCAUUACGAGCAGGGCCUCGACAUCUUCUUGCGCACCCUCUCAGUAUACUCUCCUAGUCUCAAUUAUACACUCUCUUGCGAGCAAGACUUUCUCUCUUUCCUUCGUCCUUUACCGACUUUUUGCUUUUCCCGCUGAGCGGCGUCCAAUCGGUCAUUAUUCAAAGCAGUCCAAGUAUAUCCAUCCAUUGGAGUAAUCUAGCUUAUAUCAAUCAAACCGCAUUCUUGAGAAGAAGCAGAAGAAGAAGAAAAUCAAAGAAUAUGAGGCACUCUUCAGCAAUUUCAAUCCUCUCCGCUAUCGGUGGCGCUUUGGCUACCAACCAUGUGGUGUCAUACCCUGGGUCGGCGCAGAGUUCUCCCUAUGCAGUAUCGGCUACGUACACAACCUACGAUCCCGCUCCGGUUCACACAACGGCUGCGGUAACGAACAAGGCCACAUAUGUCGCCAGUAUGGUUCCCCCGGUCGCGUCUGGUGGUCCGAUGACACAUACUGUGGGUUUAAUCCAUCCCCUCCAGUGGGAACGAUGCCCUAGCGGGGGUUAGCCCUGAACAAAUUGUACUGGUACUGAUGUCGGAUAGGUCACCGUGGGCGGUAUGGCCGGCCUUAUCUAUAAUCCUAGUCAGGUGAUGGCGCAAGUUAACGACGUCGUCAACUUCGUCUUCAUGAGCCAGAACCAUACUGUCACUCAGUCGAGCUUCGACAAGCCUUGCAACAAGCUGUCCCCCGAUGCCUUUGACUCCAACUUCAUGCCGAAUCCCAACAACACCAUGAACCCUGCUCCCACAUUUAAGUACACCGUUACCGCCAAGGAGCCCACAUGUAAGCCUGUCGAUCCUGGUUUGGACAUUCGGGAUGCUAAUGAAACCAGGGUGGUACUGCAAGCAGAGAACUGGUAACCAUUGCGGAAUGGGAAUGGUCUUCGCCAUAAACCCAACUGCAGAGAAAUCCUUCGAGAUCUUCAAGGCCAAUGCCAUCAAGAUCAACGGAACAGCAGCAUCGACCACCGGUGCCGCAGCCACGGGGUCUGCUGUCUCCAGCACUGUCACCCUCAUUGGUGGCGGUGGGACCACCGGUGCCGGUGCCAUUACCAGUGUUAAUGGUGGGGCUGUGCCCACAGGAUCUGCUGCUGCGCCAAUCGUCACCGGAUGGAACCAAGGCGCCUCUGGUGCCGCUUGCAACUGCGCUUGCUUCUGUGGUGUUGGCGCUUACCCUGCUGGGGACGGUGUCGGAGCCUAUGGUGGCGUGGGAGGUAAAUAUUACUCUGCGACUCGAUUGUUUUCUACCGUGUAUUAA